CAACAGCCUGUGUCACUGCAAAGGGCAAAGCCUUCUGAAAUAGCAACAAAGUUGUUCACAAACCACUUUGUGGUUUGCAUUUGGUUUCAGCCAGCUUCAGCAACUUGUUGCCAUGAGGAAAACAACCUGCACUUUCCUGGCCGGCCGGGGAAGGAUCGCUGCCGUGUGAAGUGCUCCUGCCCAAGGUGCAAAGAGGGUGGCGAUGGUAGCUGGGCAGAGCACGGAGGACCUCAGCCAACAGAGCCAGACAAUGAGAGCAGGGGAGGAUGAGGAGAGGAGGCAGGGCAGCAGCUGCCGCCAGCUCCCAGCUGCAACAGGUUGUGGAACAUUUACCUUUCUAUCUUCUGCUAUUGCUGCCAUAAGUGGACUUCUGAUGGGUUAUGAGUUGGGCCUUAUCUCUGGAGCUCUUCUUCAGAUAAGCAGCAUAUUAGCACUCUCUUGCAAAGAGCAGGAAAUCAUUGUAAGUUCCCUGCUUUUUGGGGCCCUAUUUGCAUCCCUUAUUGGUGGAUUUCUGAUAGACAGAUUUGGAAGGAGACUUGCUAUUAUUAUUGCAUCUUCUUUACUUGUGUUGGGGAGUCUGAUUUUACUGCCCUAUGAAUCAUAUGAGAUACUUAUUGUGGGACGGAUUGCCAUAGGUAUUUCCAUAUCAUUAUCAUCAAUUGCAACGUGUGUCUAUAUUGCUGAGAUUGCCCCACAGCACAGAAGAGGCCUCCUUGUAUCAUUAAAUGAACUCAUGAUUGUGAUAGGCAUUCUCUUUGCCUAUAUUUCAAAUUAUGCAUUUGCCAGCAUAUCUCAUGGCUGGAAGUACAUGUUCGGCCUUGUGAUUCCAUUAGGUGCUUUGCAAGCUAUUGCCAUGUAUUUCCUUCCUCCAAGUCCUCGGUUUCUUGUCAUGAAAAAUAAUGAUGAAGCUGCAAGAAAAGUACUGGAGAGGCUACGGGAAACGUCAGAUGCUACUAAAGAACUUACUGUGAUCAAGUCUUCCCUGAAAGAUGAACAUCAGUAUAGUCUCUUGGACCUGUUUCGUUCAAAAAACAACAUGAGAGCCCGAAUGCUGGUAGGACUCACUCUAGUCUUUUUUGUGCAAACAACUGGGCAACCCAACAUUUUAUUUUAUGCAUCGACUGUUUUGAAGUCAGUUGGGUUCCAGAGCAAUGAAGCUGCCAGCUUGGCUUCUACUGGAGUUGGAGUAGUAAAAGUUGUUAGUACAGUCCCAGCCACAGUUUUUGUGGAUCAAAUUGGAAGUAAAACUUUUCUGUGUAUUGGCUCUUCUGUUAUGGCAGUAUCGUUGGUCACUAUGGGCUUAGUGAACCGUAACAUACAUGUGAAUUUCACCAAUGUCUGUAGAAGACAAUCUCCAGAGGAUUUCUUUCUCCAGAGACCAGGAAACUUCACUUUCACCAAUGGGAGUCUUAAGGACCUCUUUGCUAGCUUGACUUCAACAGAAAGAUCAUCAUUUGAUGCACGGAAAAGCCCAGAUGUUGCCAGGACAGGAGAACUGAACAGGACUGCACUGCCAGGAGGCAAAAGCACAGCAGGGUCUCACAUGGAAAGUGGGGAGGUUCCUGUUGUCCUGAAAUGGCUCUCACUGGCCAGCCUGCUUGUUUAUGUUGCUGCAUUUUCCAUAGGUCUUGGACCAAUGUCCUGGCUGGUCCUAAGUGAAAUUUUCCCUGGCGGGAUCAGAGGACGGGCUAUGGCUUUGACAUCUAGCAUGAACUGGGGUAUAAAUCUCCUCAUCUCCUUGACAUUUUUGACUGUAACUGAGCUCAUUGGCUUGUCCUGGGUGUGCUUCAUUUACACAAUAAUGAGCCUAGCGUCCCUGGCUUUUGUUACUGUGUUUAUACCAGAGACAAAAGGAUGCUCUUUGGAGCAAAUAUCAACGGAACUAGCUAAACAGAAAUACGUGAGGACGCCCUUGUGCGGGGUGAGCCACCGCAGAGAGAAACUGGUCCCGGAGGAACUUGCCGAGAGAGAGAAAGAGCAGCUCUACUAGACCCGGGGCAAGCAAAGCAGCCUUUGCCAGAAGACUGAUUAAAAAAAAAGAAAAAUGUUCAGUGAUCCUCACACACUGAUGGAACACACGGUAUCGUUAUAAUACAGAAAAUAUUAUCUCUUUCAUUUCUUAGUAGAACUUCUUUCAGUGGCGGUUUACAGCCAACAUUAAAGAUUGCUAUAGUUUAUAACUAACUGGAAAUCUAGGCUCUGUUUCAAAGCAGCAUCACUCAGUUCCCCUGAGGUUAAACAUAUCUUACAUAGAGAAAGUGAAUGGAAAUUGGAACAUUGCACACAGUUUUAGUUAUCCAUAUUCAGUAACAGUUCAAUCUGGAAGAGGUGCAAAGAAGAACUGGAGUGCCAAGGAGAAGGAAGAAUCUCACAGGAGCCCACGAAAGACAGGUCUGUUUAGGCUAGCAAAAAUGGGGCUGAAAAGGGUUAACAACUCUCUGUUGGUGCUUUAGGGAAGACGGUGCUGUGGAGCAAAAAUGGACAACCAUGGAGUGCAACGGAUGACAUUAGUGCAGAACAACUGUAUAUAAACUUUCUGUAAGUGAAUUUAGAAUUCAGCUUAACAAGACGGAAAAGGAUCUUGUUCAUCUGAACUUAAUUAUUUAUAACACAGGAGCAUGCUCAACUUACAAGAAGAACUUUACAUACAGUUUCUCAGGAGGGCCAGGAUUCAGUGACCUAGGAAAUACUCCUCAGAAAACAUAGUCAAAUUGUUUAACGUGAGACAUUAAAUGCAUUGCUCUCUACAACAACCUGAAAGGAGGUUGUAGCAAGGUGGGGUUCAGUC